GGUGUUGCCCAUGAAAGGGGGGAAGUUUGAAACGGAGUCGACGUCAACGAACAUCCAAACACAAAACAGUCUCGAACGUUUGAUCGGUCAGCCUUCCAUAGGGCUAAUCUCACACAAAAUAACCAGAAAUAAUUGGGCUUUAAUACAGCCUGUCAAGAAAGCAUUCCGAUUGAGUAUUCUAUCUCGGCUUACAACGGUGGAUUCUGAUCGUAAAAUGGCGUCUAUCGGUUUUGGCGGAAGCCCUUUACGGCAAAAAGGCAGCAAAAUUCACAAUGCGAAGAAGUUUUUGUCUUUGCAAGUAUCCCAGACAAGUCAUGCCUUGUCUAGCGAGUUAAACCAUAUGCUACGAGCUCAGACACUUGCCAGAAAAAGAAAGAAGGUCAUCAACGAGAUCUUCACUACGGAGAAAACAUACCAACAUCAUCUGCAUACCAUCACAACAGUCUUUGUGAAUCCCUUGCGCCAAGCCUGUAUAGUGCCACUGAAUGUCCUGAAUACAAUAUUUUCCAAUAUUGAGGGAAUUGAAGCUAUUAACAAAGAGCUCCUGAGCCAUAUGGAGACUCUUGGUGUCGGCGAUGCUUUCCUGGCAAUGGCCCCUUUCAUCAAGCUCUAUAGCACUUAUGCUAAUAAUUUUGAGGCAGCAAGUCGACUGCUCCAGGAGUGGGAGAAAAAGAGUCCAGAGUUUUCAGCCUUUAUAACAAGACAAGAAGCCCUGGAGGAAUGUCAAGGACUGAACAUCCGAGCACUGCUUAUCACACCUGUGCAAAGAGUCCCUAGGUACAAGUUGCUUCUUGAAAGCUUAUUGAACAAGACUCCACGUGAUUAUCCAGACUUCAGCAAGCUGGAAGAGGCAACUUAUGAAAUAGCCAAGGUGGCUGAGCACAUUAACGAGAACAUCCGUCAACAUGAAAAUUUCCAGAAAAUGCUAUCAAUACAGAAAUGUCUAACAGGCGAAGGUGCUCCUAAAAUUCUUGCCCCCGGGCGUUUUUUUAUCAAAGAAGGACCUCUCCUGAAGGCAUGUCGGCGGGGAUCCCAAGAAAGGAUGUUUUUCCUGUUCUCUGAUAUUCUUAUUUAUGCUAAGAAGAGCAGCUCACUUGACAAGGAGCAGUGCACGUAUUCUUGUCGCCGUGUUUUCCCGCUCUUUGAGUGCACUCUGGAGCAGAUGUUUGGUAGCUCUGUAGACACCGAUGGUGCUGCCGAUGUUGGCUCACUUUUCAAGGUCACGUGCCGAGACAAGACCUUGUUGCUCUACUCCAAGUCCAAGCAAGAGGCGGCCACGUGGUUCAGCGCGAUUCGAGACGCAAUCAGUAACCUCAAGAGCAACCGCGCGUCCCUGAGACGAGUGAGCCGUGGCGGCGAAAGCGAGACGGAAAAGCAAAAUACGCCAUUGCGCCGGUCAGCGGCUGUUAAGAGCAAGAUCAUGUGCACUCCAAAGGAGUUGCGCCAGCGGGCAGCAAGCCUUGACUGUGCGAGCCCCGCUGUUUGCCUCAAAGACAGCCUUUAUCCGUUGAGAAAAGAACUAAAGGCGACGAAAAGCAACAACCCCACGAACUCGAUCCUUGGCUGCCGGACGCCGCGAACUAACAGCAAAGACUCACUUAUUUCUGGACCGGGAACUUCCAACGAAAGUGACACAAGAGAUUCUGCGACUGAUGACGUCACACUGGAAGUUGGCGUAGACGAUGGAAGUUAUGUGGAUGAGAAAGGGGCAUUGAGCGACAGCCCUUGGAUAGAGUCUGAAUCCGACGACGACGACGCACACACUCCCAGCGGGCUGCUGAAUUCUGAUAGCGAGGCUAUGAUAGACACUUCAGCCACGCCUUCUGGCGCCAUUGACAUUUCACAGCAGUCCUCGGUUAGCUCAUCGGAGAAUGGGCCUGGGUCUAGUGAUGAAUGUAAUGGUGUAAUGACAAGAGGACGAAAACGAAAAAUUUUUAUCAAUGAAAAAGAGAACCAGGUGUACAGCCUCCACAAGCCUCGCCAACACAAAAGAAUGUGCUUCAUUCCCAAGUUUUCUUGCGUGAGCGCCAAGAGAUCGCCUCUGACCGAGAAAGGCCGUUUGUAGUCUGGUAUCUAUGUAAUAUACAACAACAGCCUUCAAUCGUGCAUUGGUCAAUCUCUGAUUGGUCAAUAGUCCAAUAUAAGAGGACACGCACUCUUUUAAUUGUAUAAAACAAGUAGAUCAGAUUUUUUUUAGCGUUUGUCCUCUAAAAGAUGCACAGAAGACGUCACAGCGUGUCACGAACAACAGUCACGCAACUCGACUUAAGGGCCCAUGGUACUACUCGUUGCUACGAAAGGGAGAAGCGCUACAUUCGUUUAAAUAGACUAAAAUUGCUAAACGUCUUCCAACUUGGUUCCGUGGCCCAGUGGUUAUAGCAACUUUGACUCGUUAGCCAGCGCUCCGGUUUCAAUCCCCGGUCUAGUUUUUUUUAUUUUUAUUUUCUUCGGAACUCCAGUUUUAAUUUUCUUUUUUCUUUUUUUUCCAAGAGAUUAAAAUAGACUUUCGACAUUUUGUAAAAGUAAAUGCAAUUUUUAUAUGUUUUUCGAGAAUAAAAAUAAAUGGCAAAAACACAAGAUGGCGGCCAUUUCCAAUCUCUGAUUGGUCAAUAGUCCAAUAUAAGAGGACACGCACUCUUUUAAUUGUAUAAAACAAGUAGAUCAGAUUUUUUUUAGCGUUUGUCCUCUAAAAGAUGCACAGAAGACGUCACAGCGUGUCACGAACAACAGUCACGCAACUCGACUUAAGGGCCCAUGGUACUACUCGUUGCUACGAAAGGGAGAAGCGCUACAUUCGUUUAAAUAGACUAAAAUUGCUAAACGUCUUCCAACUUGGUUCCGUGGCCCAGUGGUUAUAGCAACUUUGACUCGUUAGCCAGCGCUCCGGUUUCAAUCCCCGGUCUAGUUUUUUUUAUUUUUAUUUUCUUCGGAACUCCAGUUUUAAUUUUCUUUUUUCUUUUUUUUCCAAGAGAUUAAAAUAGACUUUCGACAUUUUGUAAAAGUAAAUGCAAUUUUUAUAUGUUUUUCGAGAAUAAAAAUAAAUGGCAAAAACACAAGAUGGCGGCCAUUUCCGCGCGAGAAAAACACGUUAAUUUUGAACAUUUUACAACAAUUGUGAUUUUUUUUCAAUCAAACCAUUAAUAUUACCAUUCCUAACAACUUAGCGCAUGGGAUUUUUGAUUUUUGAAAAAAUGAAAAAGUUAUUGCCAAAUAUGUGUUUUUCAAAGAACAUAAAUAUUCGCCAUUUCUCGCGGUAUCAAACUUUCGCAAUUCCGAUACGUGAACGUUUAGAAAAUAGUAAUGUUAAAAUAUUUCUGCAAAAAAAUAUGUUAUGUUUUAACAGUAGCUUCUCCGACACGUUUUUCUGUUCUGGGUCACGUGACCAUGGGAGGGAACAGAUGACGUCAUCACUUGUGUGAUUUAUGUCUAAAACACUUAUGUUGAAAGUUCCAGAGAAAUUUAACAAAAAACAGAAGCUUUUAUAAAACAAACAAAUUUCCCUAGCAACGGACUCAAAAGAUAAUACCAUAGGCCCUUAUUCUAGUACAUAGAUUUUUAAUGUAGUAUACAGUAAUGUUUAUGAAUUUACAAAUAAUUAGUAUAAGUUUUUCAUCAGAAUUGUAAAGUUACGCGUUUGUCUGUAACUAUUGUUUAAAUAAAUAUCUUAAUAAAAAUAAUGAUAGCAGA